CUGACCGACGCACGAACCGACCGAGCGAGGGAGGGACGAGCGACUUGGCCGGCGAGGAGGAGCCGCCCGGGAGGCGGCUGCUGGGCGCUUCCCCGCGCUGCUGGGCGCUCUGCGCCUCGGCGGCCCCCGGCCGCAGGUUCCUCGCGCGCGCGCGGGUCGCGGGGCCUGGGGCCGGCUUCGGCGAAGGGGUCACUGAUCUAACUCCAAGCUGGUGUACACAGUGUCAGAGCAGCUACCAGCCCAAAAGCUGGAGUCACCAUGGCGGCGGGAGUUGCAGCCUGGCUGCCUUUUGCCAGGGCUGCAGCCAUUGGAUGGAUGCCAGUGGCCAACUGCCCCAUGCCCCUAGCUCCCGCUGACAAGAACAAGCGCCAAGAUGAGCUGAUCGUCCUCAACGUGAGUGGACGACGGUUCCAGACCUGGAGGACCACUCUGGAGCGCUACCCGGACACCCUGCUGGGUAGCACAGAGAAAGAGUUCUUCUUCAACGAGGACACCAAGGAGUACUUCUUUGACCGCGACCCAGAAGUGUUCCGUUGCGUGCUCAACUUCUACCGCACCGGGAAGCUGCAUUACCCACGCUAUGAGUGCAUCUCUGCGUACGACGACGAGCUGGCCUUCUACGGUAUCCUCCCUGAGAUCAUCGGAGACUGCUGCUACGAGGAGUACAAAGACCGCAAGCGGGAGAACGCCGAGAGGCUCAUGGAUGACAACGACUCUGAGAACAACCAGGAGUCCAUGCCCUCGCUCAGCUUCCGCCAGACCAUGUGGCGGGCCUUCGAGAACCCACACACCAGCACCCUGGCACUGGUCUUCUAUUACGUGACUGGCUUCUUCAUUGCCGUCUCGGUCAUCACCAACGUGGUGGAGACGGUGCCAUGCGGCACAGUGCCCGGGAGCAAGGAGCUGCCUUGUGGGGAGCGCUACUCGGUGGCCUUCUUCUGCCUGGACACUGCCUGCGUCAUGAUCUUCACGGUGGAAUACCUCCUCCGGCUCUUUGCAGCGCCCAGCAGAUACCGCUUCAUCCGCAGCGUGAUGAGCAUCAUCGACGUUGUGGCCAUCAUGCCCUAUUACAUCGGCCUGGUCAUGACCAACAACGAGGACGUGUCUGGGGCAUUUGUCACACUCCGGGUCUUCCGCGUCUUCAGGAUCUUCAAGUUCUCGCGACACUCCCAGGGCCUACGGAUCCUGGGCUACACCCUGAAGAGCUGUGCCUCGGAACUGGGCUUUCUCCUCUUCUCCCUCACCAUGGCCAUCAUCAUCUUUGCCACUGUGAUGUUUUAUGCCGAGAAGGGCUCCUCCGCCAGCAAGUUCACAAGCAUCCCCGCAUCGUUCUGGUACACCAUCGUCACCAUGACUACACUGGGAUAUGGAGACAUGGUGCCCAAGACAAUCGCAGGGAAGAUAUUUGGUUCCAUCUGCUCCCUGAGCGGUGUCCUGGUCAUUGCUCUGCCAGUCCCUGUGAUAGUGUCCAACUUCAGCAGAAUCUACCACCAGAACCAGAGAGCAGAUAAACGCAGGGCACAAAAGAAAGCCCGCCUUGCUAGGAUCCGUGUGGCCAAAACAGGAAGCUCCAAUGCCUACCUGCACAGCAAGCGCAAUGGGCUCCUCAAUGAAGCUCUGGAGCUGACAGGCACCCCAGAAGAGGAGCACAUGAGCAAGGCCACCUCACUCAUCGAGAGCCAGCACCACCACCUGCUACACUGCUUAGAAAAGACCACUGGGUUGUCCUAUCUUGUGGAUGAUCCCCUGUUAUCUGUACGAACCUCCACCAUCAAGAACCACGAAUUUAUUGAUGAGCAGAUGUUUGAGCAGAACUGCAUGGAGAGCUCAAUGCAGAACUAUCCGUCCACCAGAAGUCCUUCUCUGUCCAGCCAUUCGGGCCUCACCACCACCUGCUGCUCCCGCCGUAGCAAGAAGACCACACACCUGCCCAACUCUAACCUGCCAGCCACCCGCCUGCGCAGCAUGCAAGAGCUCAGCACGAUCCACAUCCAGGGCAGUGAGCAGCCCUCCCUCACCACCAGUCGCUCCAGCCUUAACUUGAAAGCAGACGACGGACUGAGACCAAACUGCAAAACAUCCCAGAUUACGACAGCCAUCAUCAGCAUCCCCACUCCCCCAGCUCUAACCCCAGAGGGAGAAAGUCGGCCACCCCCUGCCAGCCCAGGCCCCAACACGAACAUUCCUUCCAUAGCCAGCAACGUUGUCAAGGUCUCUGCCUUGUAAAACCACUGGACAGAGGGCCCGAGGGGGUAGUGGGCAGUAAAAGGGGCUGGCAUGUUGGUGGGUGGCCAUUGGGACCACUCCCUCCCCCUUUCCCACUAUUUCUGCCUGCCCUGUUGCACCCCUAGCACUGAGACUUGUGCCUGGAAGGGAAGGAAGCAGCAAAGGGUACCCAAGGAUCCCGCUGCUAGUGCAGACACAGCCCUGUGACAUUGCAUCUUGCUGGGGCCAGAAGAAGGGAAGGGGUGGGUAGGGGAUGGGCCAUUAGAGGAUGCAGGCUGCCUGCCUGGUCAGGGCCUGGAGGGGGCAUCUCAGACCAAAUAACAGUUGUUUCUGGAGACCCCAGUGAGGAAAACACAAGACCGAGAGCAGCCCAGAGGACGAGUCGUCACAUGCAAACAGGAAGAAAAUAUAACACUGUGUAUUUAAGCACCUUUUUCAAGGAUCUUAAUGGAUAAUAUUUAUUCAUGGGAAAAGGUGGAAAACAAAAUCAUCAAUGGAUUUUUGUGAAAUGUUUUUCUCCAUGGACCCAACACCUUUAAACCAAAACAAUGCAUUUUGUGAGGUUGGUUUUUAUUUUUCUCCUUUUAUAGCAAAAGCUUUUAGGCUCAGUUACUGCUAAGAUCUCUCCCCAUUCCCGGGAUGAGUGAGGUCACCUUAGCUGGGCCCUCACUGCCCAGCUGACCUGCACAGAGCUGUCAAGCAACCACACAGCAAACCUUCUGCUCCGUCCGUCUGUCUCCUUUGUCUUUGUACCUAUCUGCUUCACCUUGGCUGUUUCUGUGUCCAAUCAUCUGUCUCACCAUGGACUGUAAAGCCUUCUCUGUCACUGCCAAGUACUGCAGACUUGUGCCUGGGAGUCAGGCCGAGUCAAUGCAAAUACAGAAAAGAAAGGAAGCCAAGUGGGGCAAGUUUGAGGGUGAGGUAAGUCUACAACAUGAACAGAGGUGCUUCCCUUUUGAUUGGAACUGCUUGUCUUUGCAGUUUGAGGGUGAGGGGAGGCAUGGUCACUGGGUCUUGAAAACGGAAACAGCAACUUUAGAAAGCAGUCGUUUCUGCAAUACCCCAGAGAAGACAGAAGCACCCAGGCUCGCAGUGCCACAGCUCCAGGGCACCUUGCUAUGUACCCUCCUUUCAGAUGCACCAUGAAUCCCAGGCGGUGCUCUGCUAAGAGGUUCCAUGAGCAUCUUCAAGUGAGGACGAUGGGAUGACACCCUGACUUACUGCCCGAGGCGGUUCCUAUACAAAGGCCGUGAAGGUUAAGCCUGUGUGCCCCAUGAAGGAUAUUUCAAAGCAAGUAAGAGGCUCUAGAUGAUUCUUGCCUGGUCUGAAAGAUACCUUGAAGUCUGAGUCAUUUUCAGGCCUCAUCUCUGAAGAUAGCUGAAGCAUGGGUAUGCUGAUGACCUCCACGUAAAUGAGGGAGUGGAGAUUCCUUCUAUAAAAUGUGGAUAGUAUGUUUGUUCAAGUUAUUGUCACUGUAGUGGGCCUGGGAACAGUAUUUGUGGAAUCUUCCUAAUCAUUUUUACCCCUUCCAGCAGAGCAAGUAGGCCUCCAGGAUUAGUGACAAGAGCUGUUUCCUGCCCUUCUCAGCUGCAGCUGUCUACUGCAGUCUCUGAAGACUGGGAUCUGAGGCACACGAGCUGCUGAGGAAUUUCUUAUCCAUUCUAUAGCUCACAGAUAAGCUGUUCAUUUCCAAGUCAAAAAUCUCUCUACUCGGGACAGGAUGAAAUUCACUAUCCUGGGGACUGAAAGCUUCUAUGGCCCCAGCUCCAGUGACCCUGUAUGCAGAGGAAGCCAGGUUUUUUGAGGUGGUAUCAAACCAGAAAAUGAACAGAAGGGCAGAAGAAAAGGGCCCUUCUUUCCAUCUUUGUCUCCCUGUCCUCUUCCUCAGUGGCCACUGACAGUCCUUUCUCCUAGAUCUAGCCUCGGAAUUUCCCCUAUCAUAGGAAUGGAGCGGUUCUUGCAAUCAGUAACUUCACAUACAAUUUAUCAGCCAAGGCAUAGAGCCAAGCUGGACCCAACUGUAGCAAGUAGGCAAAGAAGUCGAAAAGGAUCUUUCUGUUGAAAGAAUGGACCAUGGGACAAAGGAAUGUCUAGGUGCAUGAUACUUCCUAAUAAUUGAGUGGGAUAAGGAUACAGAUUUUAAGGAAACACCAUUGUAUUCACAUACAAACCAUCAUUCUUUUUCGGAACAAGUCAUGCCAGGGUUAGAAUGAUGACCAGUUCAACUAAGGAUCUCCAUGUCACUUGGAUAGUGUACCAACACAGCAUAUUAUGGUUCUCAUGAAAAGAAAUAUUUUAAAAACUGUGUCCCCCAAAAUUUCAUUUUUUAUUGACUUCACUGAACUGUUUGUGUUGCUUCUAUUUUAUCUCCAAAGUCUAUAUCAUACCAGUUCCUAAAAAUAAUCAUUAGACUGUCUUCAUUUUCAUUCCCCCAUUGCAGUCUUGGCAAGAGGUAAGGGACCCAGCUCACCUGUGCUCAAAGAUAACAACCCAAUGAAACAACUCACAGCCAUAUCUGCUAAAGGGUAUUUGUGAGUAUGCACAGGGGUAAAGUGUGCUGCUGGAUCACCUUAGUAAGUCUGACUUAUCGGUUAGUAGGCGAAGAACCAGGCUAUCAGAUUCUUCUAUAGACCCAUAGCUUUCUGGUGCAAUGACUCAUGGUGCACAAACCAUGUUAGAAUAACAGAAAAUUCCCCACUCCGCCCCUCCUUUCAACCCUACGUGGCACUGGGGGAGAAGGUAUUAAAAGGACAGCAAAUAAAAAGCCUACGACUACAUUCAAAUAAUAAAUGGAAAUAACUUGGAAAAUAUAGUAUCGAGCAUACCAGAGAAGAUUAAAGAAUGUCUAAUUCAUUUUACACUGUAGAAAUCCGGGACCCAGAGAACUUGACUCCCUCAAGGUAAUGUAAUCAUUUGAUAGACGAGGGAUUCUGUUUUGGAUUUGAUUUGGGGUAGGAGAGUCAACACACCGUUUGCCUCUCAGAGUUAAUAUGUUGGGCAAGAACCAUCAAAGAUGCCAUGCCAUAACUAGAGACACUCAUGUGUAAAUGUCAACAUAACUUGAUAUUGCUCUAGGAAAUCACCUGACUGUAUUAGUACAAAUUAUCGACUCUGAAGCCACCAUUUCUUGGGUAGAGCCAGCUAUGGGUGAUUGAUUCUCUAAGAAAUAGAUGAACAAGGGAAUGUCCAAGAUUUUUCCUCAAUGAAAAGGGGGCUUGGACAAUGACAUUUCAAAGCAUAUCGUUGCUUCUCACCACUCUCUGUGAAGGUAGUCACCCUAGUAAAUCCUUGAUUCCGAGAAAAGAAAUGGGCACAAAGAAACUGAAUGACUCAUCCAAAGUUCAUGGCAAGCUAAUGGCAGAAUUAUGAUUUGAUCCAGGAUUAGACAUCAUGUCCUAGGAGUGUCUUCUGUACCCUGCUCCAUGGCUCUAAGGCUUGGUCAUAUGUUUCAAGAAUGUUGGUUAGGGGAAAGGAAGCGUUCCUGAAGUAGCAGGACCUCCAGAAAUAGACCAUUAUUUCUCCCUCAUUCCCACUCCACCUAACUAGUCUCAAGCUCAGGACUAACUGUACAGAACCCCUUUCAAAAGACCAGUAGAUAUUCUCAACAACCAAACAUUACUAGUUUAUAACCAGAUGUUAAGGAGGGUGGUAAAAGAUGAUCCAUGGGUGACAAAAGUCACGUACAGAACUGCUGAGGACUUUAUACAGUUGUUUUGAUUUCUCUGCAGUUCAGGAUCAUGUUAUUUUCUUGUCAGAAUGCAGGUAGGGGAAAGUACCUGGGAGCAUUAUAUGCCUAGAUCGUUUUUCUUGUCUUUUUAAAAAUAGCAGUAGUGAUUGAAAUUGAGCUAGCAUUAGAUUUGAAAUUAUUAAUGGAUUCUAGUGAUUCAGGCUCCCUCACUUCAAUUACUAGGUAACUAAGUAAGGCAGAAGGAUCCCAAUACUGUUCAUUUAAAGUAAUAGUUUCCCUUUCAUGCUAGUUGGCAUGGUAACCAACUUAAGAGGAACAUGAAAAACUUUUCCCUGUUUUCCUAAUGAAUUAUCAUUACUUGCAAAGCUUUAAAAUACAGGAUAAAGGAAAAACAUUGUCAUGACCCAUGACACUUGGAGCCCAAACAGCAUCAUGAAAAGCAUUAGAACCAAGGGAAAGUGGCUUUGAAAAAUGAAAUGGCUUUUUAAAGGGGUUCCUUAUGGGUCUUGUUUUUUAUUCAGGAUAUUCUAUGUUUUCUCAUCAGAUGUGGGAACAUUUAUCUUAGCAGGUUAUUUAAACUAUGCUGGCUGAUGACAUGUUAGCCAGUGCAGGACACAGACCCAAGUCCUGGGGGAGUCAUUGGACCAAUGGACUAUUUUACAAACCAGGGAGGUGGGAGGGAUGGUAUAUUUUUGAUAACCAGACAUUCCAAUGUUUUCCUUAGAGGUCAUGCGCUCCCAUUAAUGUUCUUGUAAAAAACAUCAAGUGUGUUCUUUUCUAUUUUCGUAUAAUUACUGGGCUUUGCUUACCAACAUCACAAUGGCAAAGAAAUAUACUGUACAAAACUGCAGGAAGAUGAACAUGAAAACUUUCUGUGGGGAAAAAGCUCUUAAGUUUCUUGUCUUCUUUUGAAAUCGUAGUGCAUAUGUUAUAACAUGUAUAUCAUUUACAGUAUUGAGUCCUGUGCCACUGCUGUACCUGAUGUAUCCAAUCUGGAUUAAACGAACUAUGUGCCACAA